GAAAGCGACGGGAGGGGGAGAAAGAGUCCACUACGAAAAAUUUAAACUCAUUCAUUCAUUUGAAUGAGAAACAACCUAGCAACCGCUUGAUCGUAAAGAAGAUUCAAAGCGAAAACCAAUGAACUAGAAAAACGUUGACACGUCCUUCGAGUUACAAACGACGUCAACUUUCGGAGCUUCUUGUAGAUAUCGCGCGCUACAAAAACACCUCGUUCCUCUAUUUAUUUUUUUUUUUUUUUCUAUUUCAAACACUUGUUUGCAUUUAACACGAUUUGAUUGAGAUACCGUUGCUCCAAUCAAAAGACAAGCGCGUGUCACGUCUAAUCCGCACUCUAUUGCCAACCUCUCUCUCUCUCUCUCUCUCUUUGCGUUUGACCUGUUGGCGGGGCGUUGGUGCUUUGGACUUUUCCCCCCUUCACGACUCGGUCCACUACGCUGCUCUAGAGGAAACAGAUCUAUUCGACCACACUACUCUUAAAGUAACGCUUUAAAAUGGCCGGAUCUAACAGUAUCGAUGCGGUGAAGAGAAAAAUCAAAGUUUUACAACAGCAAGCGGAUGAGGCAGAAGAAAGAGCCGAGAUUUUGCAGCGACAGGUCGAGGAGGAGAAGCGUGCUAGGGAGCAGGCUGAGGCAGAAGUGGCAUCUCUGAACAGGCGUAUCCAGCUAGUUGAGGAGGAGUUGGACCGUGCUCAAGAGAGACUGGCCACAGCCCUUCAGAAGCUGGAAGAGGCAGAGAAGGCCGCAGAUGAGAGCGAGAGAGGGAUGAAGGUGAUUGAGAACAGGGCUCUGAAGGAUGAGGAGAAGAUGGAGCUCCAGGAGAUCCAGCUCAAGGAGGCCAAACACAUUGCUGAGGAGGCCGACCGCAAGUAUGAGGAGGUGGCUCGUAAACUGGUGAUUGUUGAGGGAGAGUUGGAGCGUACAGAGGAGAGAGCAGAGCUUGCUGAGAGCCAUGUCAAGCAGAUGGAGGAGGAGUUGAGAUCUCUUGACCAGACAUUGAAGACUCUGCACGCCUCAGACGAGAAGUACUCCCAGAAGGAAGACAAGUAUGAGGAAGAAAUCAAGAUCCUCACUGAUAAGCUGAAGGAGGCUGAGACCCGUGCUGAGUUUGCAGAGAGGUCUGUGGCCAAACUGGAGAAAACCAUUGAUGAUUUGGAAGAGAAACUGAGAAAUGCUAAAGAGGAGAACGUCAAGAUCCAUGCCACUUUGGACCAAACCCUGAGCGAGCUCAACAGUUUCUAAGGACCUUGACCAGUAAUAACCUCGUCUUCCCUUCAUGACACCCUCAUCUCAUUUGGUCAUCUCAUUCUUCCAUUUUCUGAAACCUUGUUCUCUUGUUUUGUUGGGGUAGGGCUCACCAAGCCAACCAGCAAAACAUUGGUGCCUCUUGAUGUCUUAAAUGUACUUUUUUUUUUUUUUUUUUUUUGGGAGCACUUGUAAAGCUUCACUGCUCAUCUCAGAAAAUCCCAAGUGAUUUUGGCCAGAAUCUAUUAUGGUAUUCCAAAAGUGUCAAAUCAUAUGUGCCAGUCCUGAGAUGGCUUUUAUGUUCAGAGAUUUUGUGUUUGUGGUGUACUUAUUUUUCCACAUCUAUUAUGGCCAAAAUAUUCCCCACCAUUAUACAAUAAUAAUAAAAAAAAAUAAAAAAUUCUUCCUUCACCUGUUUUACCGCAGGCAAAUUUACAUGCAAUUUUGUGCUGUAAAAGCCAUCUUGGAAAAAAAACAAUGUCAUGGCUUUUGUAUGGUACAUUUGUCCUGUUGAUAUGACCCAGGAUGUUUCCGCUGUUCUUGUUGGUGCCUGAUGCUUCCCUGCUAUCCUCUUCUACCUCUUCACUCUCACCAUUCUGCAAAAUAUUUUGCUGCCUGUUGGUGUCACAGGUUUUGGGACCAAAACCACAUUAUGUGGUCUGUAGCAGUGUGCUCAAUCAUGCCGAGAGGGACCUUUUUGUUUUUUAUUAAAAGCAUUUGCUUCCUUUUUUUUUUCUGUUUUUUUUUUUAAGUAAUAUAUGUAUUGUUUAUUUGGGAUAUUACACCACCCCCCUAUGCGUUUUAACACAAAUCCUUAACUUUUGAAACCACUAUUUUGAAAUGCUGCACUGUUGUGGGCUUGUGGUAGGAAUCCUUUGAGCAGAGGAGACCAAGUCAUAUUAUAUAAUAAAAGAUAACAUAAGAGCCAUAUUCUGAUUAUUAUUAUUUUUUUUAAACCAUGAGUUCAAAGCAGUGUCACUGUCAGAUUCGAAAGGUCCAGAAAGCCGUGUAGAUCUAAAUGUGUAUUAUGAACACCGUAAAUGGGAGAGAAAUGUAACGCAUAAUAGUAUAUAGAAUUAUGGGGUGAACAAAUGGUUUUAACUGGAAAGAGCCCACGAUGAUGUGUAAUCACUUUGUUAAUGUCUGUAUCUUGUAAUGAUGGCUAAAUUCUUAUAUAUUUUUUUUUUUAAUAAAGCUGAUGAUUUUUACUGUCA